CUCUCUUUGUGAUAAGAUUCUGAAAGAGCACGUGUACAAUCAGACUUGAAGCUCAACUCGGUCAAGAUGGCCAAGCUCAUCUUGAUCACACAUUUCUUGGUGGUUUUAGGCACGGUUUAUUCCAUCCCAGGGAAUCCCUACAUCUUGGAAACUGAUGAGUUGCCUUUACUUGAGGAUGGCUCAGUCAAUGGGCGGUUGUUGCCCUCCAUUGCCAAUGGCCAUAUUGCUACGAAUGUUUGGUCUGAUACGAUUUACGUCAAUGGGUUGUACAAUGGAAAGUUGGGGAACAGUUGUCGCGCUCGGAUCCAAAACACAAACUCCAUUGACAUCAAGGCACCCAAAGAACAAACAACCUAUAAAUUAGAUCUAAAACAAGCCAUUGCCUCGAAGCGUGUGGUCAGCGAAGAAAUGGGUUACGAAGCUCAACUACUUUUCUACGCCCAUUCAAAUUACAAUCGGAUUCUUGUUACUGAAGUUCAUAUUAGUCGGAUCAACGGCCGAUCUGAUGAGGUUCGAAUCCCCGUUGAAUCCUUGGGUGGAACAGAAAAUAUCUUGGAUUGGGAUUGGGAGGAGACCACAAGUAUCACCCCUACUAAAUUCUACAAGACUGGCGUGACCAAAGAAGCCGAGACGGAUUCAAGUGAUACAAGGCGGGUACACAUCAUCACCAAUUAUAACCAGACGCUCCCCAAGGAGUUCAUUGUUCCCGAGGGACUACCCAUCUUCAAUCGGAUAUACAUUAUGUCCAUUGAUACGAGUUAUAAUCGUGCUUGGGAUGACUUUGAGAGCGCGUACAAUUUGAUCAGUGAUCCUGAAGGUGGCGCCAUCAGAUUUGGUCAUACCGCCAAUUGGGCGGCUGUUUGGGAAAAUGGCGAUAUCGUAUUGGAAGGUCCGAAUGUGAACCGGCGCUUGCAUGAGACCAUCAAAAGCUCUUUAUAUUACUUAUAUAGCAAUCUCCCUUCGGACAGAGCUCUAACCCAAAUACCAGACAGGUUUGUGGGACUCUCUCCUGGUGGAUUAGCCAAUGGGGCCAAUGGUAAAGACUAUUACGGGCAUGUCUUCUGGGACAUGGAAACUUGGAUGUACCCACCAAUUCUAAUGUUCAGGCCUGACUUGGCCAAGGAAAUGCUCAAAUACCGGAUGCAGGGCAUAUCGGAAGCUCAACAGAGAGCGGCUCAAGAUGGAUAUGAAGGAGCCCGAUUCCCGUGGGAGAGUGCCUUCACUGGAGCAGAAGUUACACCCGAUAUAUGCCCACUUUGUCGAGAAAAUCAACAACACAUCACUGGUGACAUCGCCUUAGCCCGACAAUUGAUCUCCAUGACUCUAGACAUUGAUUGGUUGACUGAAACUCCUUAUGGAGUGAAUAUCACCGAAAAUGGAGCUCAAUUCAUUCUGGAGAUGGCCAAGUUCUGGGCUUCAAGGCCGACUUACAACGAAACCAAAGGACAAUAUGAGAUCAAUGAGGUGAUGCCGCCGGAUGAGCACCAAGAGCACGCGCAUAAUUCAAUCUAUACUAAUUUGAUUGCUAAUUAUGCGGUGAAUACAGCCAGAUGGACUGAAUGCCUCAUUAGUGGUUCAGCUAUGGCUUCACAAUCCGUACCUGAUGUAUGGUUGGAGCGAAUGAAAAAUCUCGUGUUUCUGUUCAACAAAGACAAGCGGUACCAUGAAGAAUAUGAAGGGUUUGACAUGGAAUAUGAAAGUGGGACGUUGGAUCCCAGAGGAAUUAAGCAAGCCGAUGUGGUCCUUCUUGGGUUCCCGUUAAACUGGGACAUGCCUGAAGACGUCCGACGCAAUGAUUUGGAACUAUACGAACCCAUUACCAAUCCUGAUGCGUACUUGUUUCAAUUCCAGAUUUGGACUGAGGUGCAAUCAGGCGUUGGGGCCGUCAAUUUCAUCACGGGGGCCGGUGGAUUACAAGCAUUGAUGUUUGGUUAUGGUGGUAUGCGGAUCAAACCCUAUAGUUUCGAGUUCUCAUCGACUUUUAUGCCGCAAGACGUCGAAACGCUCAAAUUUGUUGGUCUGGUUUACCUUGGUACCACAUUUGACCUAACAUUGGAGAAUGACAAUGUGGAUAUUCAAAUCAACAAAGCUGGCCAGUAUCUCUCUCUGAAAGAAAGAUGGAGCAUUUUUAUUUUGACAGAGGUGAUGCCGCCGGAUGAGCACCAAGAGCACGCGCAUAAUUCAAUCUAUACUAAUUUGAUUGCUAAUUAUGCGGUGAAUACAGCCAGAUGGACUGAAUGCCUCAUUAGUGGUUCAGCUAUGGCUUCACAAUCCGUACCUGAUGUAUGGUUGGAGCGAAUGAAAAAUCUCGUGUUUCUGUUCAACAAAGACAAGCGGUACCAUGAAGAAUAUGAAGGGUUUGACAUGGAAUAUGAAAGUGGGACGUUGGAUCCCAGAGGAAUUAAGCAAGCCGAUGUGGUCCUUCUUGGGUUCCCGUUAAACUGGGACAUGCCUGAAGACGUCCGACGCAAUGAUUUGGAACUAUACGAACCCAUUACCAAUCCUGAUGGCCCAGCCAUGACAUGGGGAAUUUUUGCCACUAGGUAA